GGCAAUGGUCUGAUCAACUGGUCUAGCCGAUCCCCUGUGCGGUUCCGUGCAUCAUCAGUUACGUUUCGAGUUAGUUACGUGUUCCACAAUGCGAAACUUGAAAUAGUUAGGAUGAUAUUACAUGAAACCCUGACUCUUAUUUUCACCCAAUGGACUGUAAUCCAAGAUUGAUAGAAUCAUUGCCAUUCAAGUGUUGAUAGAAAAGUUUUUCUUCAGAGAAACGCUCCCCUCCCCUCCCAUUUUUUUGGCAGGAUUUUCGUCAAGAUGGGUGCAUAGGCGUUGCAAGACUCUGUUCUACCCAAUCGAUUCCCUAGCUGAUGGAAUCAUCGAAUUAUUUUUAAGAUGUUUCUAACCAGGAAAAAGUUUUCUCUCAUAUCUACAACAGAAGUAUUCUUAGGAUAAAAGUAUAAAUCAGAUUUCAAAAGAUAUUUCGUAAAUAAAUUCUUCACAAGGUUUAGAGUUAGUUCAGAUUCAAAAAACUCAAUAAAAAAAAAGAUAUCCCAGGUAAAAUUUCUAAAUCUAAUCCUAUAAGUGAUUUUCCGCCAUAUUAUUUGCAUCAAGAACUACUAAUAGGAAAACUUCAGUUUUGGUUUUGAAUCUACGAAAAAGCUGGAGAUAUCAGGUAGAGCAAUACUUGUGAAUUGUAAUCCCAGUAUGCAUGACAAGAGCUAAUUGAGAGCGAAAUUGUGACCUUUCACUUGGUGCAGAAGCUACAAAACGACGUUCUUCACGUGAAGUUUCUUCCAGAAUAUAAUUUUGUCUCCAUUCUCCGAAAAUCCAACAAUGCCGUGAUAUUUGAAAUACGUUCAUCCAUUUGUCUCCCAGUGAAAGAUGAAUGAUAGAGACAUCAGUGAGACAUUGUGGGUGGUCUAUUGAUUACACCAAUCGAGUGUUUGUGUUGUUGACGCGACCCUUUGUGAACGUUCUUGGAAGAUUCAACUCUCUACAACCGCGAACAUGAGGAUUUCACGAUGAUUGAAGCCAACUACACAUUCUCAACUGAAAGAGUGAAUGAGUCGGUGGUAGCCGUGAGCAAUGGCGGCCGUGAUGAGGACUUGGCCCGGGUUGAGGUGGCCACCCUGGCGGCCAUUUUGGCCAUCACUUUGGCGGGAAACUCGACGGUGCUUGUCGCCCUCUACAUGCGGCGCACCUGGGGUGGUCGCAAGAAGUUGUCGCGUAUGUACUACUUCAUCCUGCACCUGUGCAUCGCCGACCUGGUCACCGGUCUGCUCAACGUCUUCCCGCAACUCAUUUGGGACAUCACUUACAGGUUCAGGGGUGGACCUCUGCUGUGCAAACUAGUCAAAUACGGGCAGACUCUGGGCCCCUACCUGAGCUCAUAUGUGCUGAUGGCGACUGCAAUGGACCGCUACAAGGCCAUCUGUCACCCGCUCACCUAUUGCUCGUGGACAUCGCAUCAUGCCAGAAGCAUGGUGCAGUGUGCAUGGGCCACGGCCCUGCUCUUCUGUAUACCUCAGGUGACAAUAUUUUCGUACAUGGAAGUGCCUGGCUCUCCGGGAGAUUACGACUGCUGGGCCACAUUUCCAAGGGACUGGGGAGAGAGGGCUUAUGUCACGUGGUACAGCGUGUCGGUGUUCAUUCUGCCGCUGAUAGUGCUGAUCUACACGUACUGGUGCAUCUGCCGCGAGCUGUGGCGAAACGCCGGCUUCCCGGUGACGAAGGCGUCGCCGCACCGCCUCAUAUCACGCGCCAAGGUCAACACCGUGAAGCAGACGGUGGCCGUCAUAGCGCUCUACGUCGCCUGCUCGUCGCCGUUCAUCGUCGCUCAACUGUGGGCCGUCUGGGAUCCCGGCGCCGUGCAUAGUCCCUUCUUCCAGGGUGCAACGUUCACAAUCCUCUCGCUGCUGUCGAGCCUGAACAGCUGCGUGAACCCGUGGAUCUACCUGGUGUCGAACAAGGAACUGAUGCGUGGGCUGCGUCAGCUGCUGGGCUGCAAGUACGCGCUGUCGAGCGACUAUCGCGGCAACAACAGUGCGGCCGAGAGCGGUUCGUCCGGCUGCGGCGCUGGCAGCUGCUCCAAGCGGUCCGAGGUCACCAACACCACCAGUCUUCUGCCUCGCAAGCCAUUGGUCGCCGAACAGCCUCUGCCCGAGGUCACGCCCAUCCGCCGCUGGGUCGUCACCAUACCGCCCAACGUUUCUAGAGAGGAGAGAGAGUGCCUGCAGCUAUUCAGCGGGUUGAAUAAUGAGCGAAUCUUACCGCGUAGUCAGCAGCAGCAGCAUAAUCAGCAUAAUCAACAGCGAGCUAUUCGCACUAGCUCAAGUCCCUGCCGAGCAGCCAGGUGUCGACUAGACUUAUAGCAUACCUCCAAUUUCUAGACAGACUACCUACUCCAAGUGCGUGCAAUUAGGAUAGGUUGAAAGUGCAGGUUAGGUUAGUUUAUGUUAGGUUAGGCUGAGUCUAGCUUAAUUUAGGCUAAGUGUGUAUUAUAAAGCUCCUACCGUGAUAAAAUGGAUGCAAGUUUUGUACAAAGUGUUUCUAGAGUAGAGUAGUAUAACUCCCUACAAAAACUUCUACAUCGCUAUUGUCUUUCAGUAUUUUUAAAGCACUUUUGAAACUAUAUUGUUAUUUUUGUCAAGUAUCAAAUAGCCUGAAAAGAUCUAUAUUUAUGUAUUAACUCUCUUAUUAUAAACUCAAAUUAUAUUUGAAAAAUUUCUAUAACUAGGCUAUACCAGACCCUGAGGCCUAGUUCUUAUGAUAAGUAGUGGAGAAUUGUUUUAAGGUGUAGUAUAAUAUUCCAAAAUAUGGCUUGACCGGCCAGCAAGUGGACUGAGAGCAAGGGGAAGCCUCAAACCUCUUUACGGUUUCCUGCCUGGUUGAGGGUUCAAAUCCUACCCACAGGCAUGGACGUUUGAUUAGCUCAUCAUCUCAUUUCAUUACUCAAGCACAAAAAAAGCUUAUUAUGUGGACAUCCACAACUUUCUCGAUUCAAUUAUUUUCAUUUUCAUAGCCAAAAAAAUAAAAAGUUGGUAAACUUACUUUACAUUGUCCAGUCAUAAAUGAGUGCCAAAAAAACCCACUAUGGGAUCGAAUUCGAAACAGGUCAUAACUAUUUCUAAUAGACAAAUUUUCUGCUAAGAGUCCCCACUCCCUGAAAUACCUCAAACAGUUUCACUCUGUUAGGUUUUCGUAGAUCGCUGAUAAAUCAGCUUCCAAUUUGGUUAUCGAUCUGAAUUUGAUUUCAUUGUAUCCAAGAUAUAGUUUUCCAUAAUUGUUUCCCCCAUUAGUUUUUGCAUUUAAUUUGAGCGUUUAGGAGUUAUUGCAAAAUAAAGUGAGAAAAGUUCAAAUUUUAGCUUAACAAAUUUUUACAUUCCAAUUUCGCAAUCCUCAGUAACGUUUUUGUUAGUUGUUAAACUAAGAAAUAUUUUAAAUGAAAGUUUUUUAAAUAGAAUAUUAUGAGUAAGUAGGUACCAAUACUUUGAAAAAAUAUUGAUUUGUAGAACCCACAUCUGAGGGUAAUCAUUCUACUUACCGCACUGUACAAAAUAUAGGCUAUAAUUGACAAAAUUUGAAGGCCUUGUGACAACCUGUCCACUGAAGCGCUUUCAGUUGAGUUUUCCUUUCAUAAGGAAUUAUGACAGUCAUUAUUGAGUUACUACCUAAUCUAUAAAGUGAGCACCAUCAGUAUCUCUCAAGCCUCAAUUGAGCCUAAUUGGUAGUUCUUUACAAAACAAUUGUGUACUCAAAUUAAAUAACGAUGUUGUGUGGCUGUGUUUAGACUUUACCGUUCAAUAAUUCAUAUCAAUCUGAACAUUGAUUUAGGUUGAGUAUAAUCUCUUUCGAUUUUUAAACGUCAGUACAGGUUUUAUACAGUGUGUUUAUGAAUGAAUAUCUGGGUUAUAAUUAAUUGUUCGUCAUAUUUACAUAUUUUGAACAAAUAUAUAUACAGUAAUAAUUUAAUAAACUUACUGUUAUGAAAUGAUUUGUCAAAUCUCAAGUGAAAAAGCAAACUUAACCACUUUUGUUUGUUGACACUAGCGCGCAUAUGGGUGCAAUAUUUCGCUAUGAUUUGAUGGAAUACCGUAGGUAAAAUGCCACUGUACCUAUAAGCGCUAAGUAGGAUGUGCUCCAAUGACAAAGCUUGCUAUGCAUAGCCUCCAUGCUCUAAUGAUCUAACAUCAAGCAAUUUCUAUCUUUGGGGCUACAUCAAUGAUCGUGAGAACAUAAUGGCAUUUAGAAAGAUAUUCUAUCACACACUAUUCAUAAUAUAGGCUAUUUCAACUCCACAAUGUCUUCGCUAGCUGAUCUAGUUGAAUUAUGAAGCCGUUUUGAAGCAGCUAUUAGACUACUAUAAAUAAUACUGAAGACACUACACAUAUCAAAGGACGGUGUAUGGGAAUAAGUACCGUACCGUACUCGACAAUAAAAUGAUGUGUAGGCCUACUAUUUGUGACAAAUAGUAAACACGUUAAACUUUUUUAAGGUUCUUGAUAUUUAAUUUUUAUAUGCUUUUUCAUGUAUUACUACUUAUCUUACUCGACUAUGAACUGCUAGGUAUUACUUAAUUCCUAGUAAAUUUGAGGAGUGUAUAUCAUUACCGUAUAUUAUUAUAAUAUGUCAAGACUUUCCUUCAUAAAUACUCUGUAUAAAAGAUAUUCUAUAGAUAUUUGGCUCAUAAAACACAUCGAAUAUGCCCGCAAUCUUCUUGUAUAGGCUACGGUACUAAUUGUAAAUAUUGGAAUAUUUCUUUAUAGCUUCAAAUUUCUAAGAUAAUUCAAUACAGUACGGUAAUUAUAAUUUUAUAGUCAUAGAUUAAGGAAUAUGAAACACACUGAGUGUUGAUGGAUGGUAUUUAGGUGUUUGCUCAAUUUUUUACAUUCCUUUUGUUUCAAUAAUUGAAAUUGGAAUGACAUUUAUAAUUAUGUUACCUUGCAAUACAAAAGAUGUUUCUGUACCUCAAAACUCUGGUUGUUUUUAAAACGUGUGAUUAUCAUGGCUGAGAUAUAAUUGUUAACAUACAGAAUAACAAAUUCAAGUACAACGUUGUGAUGUAGAUUUAUGUUUUAUUGCACAGACUUUUAUAUAAUAAUAGGCCUAUAUAAAAGUAGCCUAUAUAUUAUAAAUUAUGUGUAAUAGAAAAUAUAUUUCUGAAAUAACAUGAAAAAUAUUUUUGUAUUCGAUUCAGCAAUCCAAGUGCAAGACAAGAGGAAUACAGUAUUUCAGUUAUAACGAAAGCUUUGUGAUUCUAUCAAGAUCCUUUGUGUACAGUAGACAGAAUAAGGCUUUAUUAAAUAGUACAUUGACCACAAAUUGGAAAAAACGAUUUGACAAUUAAAUUUGAAUUAAUGUGUAUAAUUGUUUAUAAUUGCAUCAGUCACUAUUAACAUUUGAAAAUUUGUAUUGAUUAUUGAUAUAUUUUGAUUGAAAAAUGUAUAGGAUAUAAGCAUUGAAUAUAUUAAAAUGUAUUGUUCAUUGAAAACUCUA